UUAAACUUAUUUGUUAUUUGGUUGUUAGUGUUAGUUAUGAUUAAUUUAUAUCUUUCUAAUGGUGAAAUAUUACUAUAUAAUAUUAAUGAUUGGUUAGUACUACGGAAAGAUCAUCGAAUUGUCGGAGAAACCGUAGGAAACGCAGUAAAUAUACCUUCCUUACCUAUAAAAAUUAUUCCAGAAGAAGCUUGUUUAUUGGUGUCCAGAAACAUUGUAACUGUAUCAGAAGCUCCCAAGGAAAUUGUUAAAACCGAAGAAGAUCAGUGUAAGAUAGAAAAAUACGAAUCAAAGUUAUUGGAAUCACAAAUUGUGAACUAUAAAGAAACUCGAAAACUACAAAUUGAGCAAAUAGUUGAUCAGGUUAUAGUCAAACAUAAUGACAAUCGAAGCAGAGAAGAAAUUAUAAACGAAAAAUUGGCACAAACACCUUCAAUAACAAAAAGUAAUAUGAUAUGGCCUAUACAUUUAUCUACCUCCAGUAGUAUGAACCAAAAUGUAAAACUGCUGAAUGCAGAAAAUAUUUUAACAUUAACCACUGUGUUAAAACGAUCUGUGUAUGCUGAUUUAUGGAAUAGAGGUUACUAUGUUACACAAGGACAUAAAUUUGGUGGAGACUUCUUAGUAUAUUUGGGUGACCCAGUAUGUCAUCAUGCAAUUUUUAUAGUAAAAUGUAUCAAUAAUAUGAAAGAUCUAUUCCCACUGGAAUUAAUUUCGUUGGGGAGAUUGGGAACAUCUGUGAAGAAAAGGGCAGUAUUGGCAUCUAUGGAAAAUGAUAAAAUUUCAUAUAUCACGAUGAGUUGGAUAGAUGAGGAACUCUCAACUGUAGAGGAUAUAAAUGAGGAUGAUUAAUUACUUAAAAUAAUUAAAUCUUUACAAGGAGGUUUGUGACUAACUAAAUCUAAAUAGAAACUGAAAUUACCUAUCAUGGAAAGUAUGUUUUCAAAGAAGACUACAGAUUGGCAACAAAUAUAAGUGGGAAAAUAUACUUAAAAACA